CUACGUCCAUGCAUAUAACAGGCUAUUCGCCAAUUUUGCGCACAAUGUUAAUCAUUUACCUUUAAUUGAGAUUAUAUUUGGCAAGUUUUUUACACACAAUAUUCGUGAAUAUUUGUUUCUAAAUUUUUCACGCCGCAGAAGCAUUGGAUGAAAUGCAAUUUGAGAAUGCGUAGAGAUUUGAUUUUGAAUCUCGUAGUAAUUAUCAAUUGACAAUCGAGAAGAAAAAAGCUGUAGAUGGGAGUAGAGUCACAAUCUGUAAACAUGACAAGAUCAACGUGUAUUUAUUCACGUUAUGCAGUCGUUCAUGCGGUACCUAAGUAUAAACUUUCUUUGUCUUCGUCAAGUUUCUUCCCUUAAUUAACAACCCCUAAAACAUAUUGAACGAUCAUAUCAUCGAAGGGUCUUGUUCCCUAUAAUUUUAAUCUACUGCGUCGCACUACAGUCAGUGGGCGGAGUUUAAAAUCAUCGUUUUGCCAUUCAUUUCGUAUAUAUACGUUAAGUUAUUAUCUUAUUCAAACGCGAUGCAAUCAGCAAAAGCACGUACAUAUUACGCCUUUUACGCCGGUGGUUUGUCUCGAUGAUUACAAGGCAGAAACCUGUGGAAAUUCAAAACGAUUGCGGACGCCUGUGUGGCAGUGGUGGCCUGCUGCACGGGAACUUCCGGCUUAACAUUUUACGGACGCUGACCAGAGUAGCUCGGUUCACAGAUCACAUUAUAUAGGUUGGAAAAAGUUAAAAGUUUAGCUCGUUGCCGAUCUUAACCGCGAGAUUUGUGCAGAAGUUGUGCGAAAGUUCGGUUAGCUAGUCAACCGUGAUUAAAAAACAGUGACAAGUGUUUAUGGCGUGAUGUUUUUCGGUUGUAUUUACUGCUCUCGGAGAGCGUAUAUCGGCAGAGCUGUGUAAAUAGCGUGGCAGUGAAUUAGCGGACAAAUGAAUGCGGAGUGCGGUACCAUAAUAGAAGAGAGGACAUAACGCGUUUAACAAACGUCAGGGUGUAAUACUAAGACGUAGCGUUGAACGAAAUAAAGCAAUUAAAUACACCCGUAAUAUUUAUAACGUAAAUAUUUAUUUAUUCUUCGGAGCCCGGUUUGCCUCUGCCGAAGUUUUCGGGCACCAGUGAGAAAUAUGGAUGCGGCGGACGUAAAUGGCGGGAACGCCGAGGUAGUGCCUAACCUCGAAAAAGUUGCAAAUUCAAAGGCGAACGAGUCGACGGAUCUCGGGGACGCGACUGAUGCCAGUAAAGAAGAGGACGCCGAGGUUAAUGGAGACCUGAAAAUAACACCCAAGAAGGGCACCCUCGGUAAGAGAAAAAUGCGCAAAUCCAAGGCCAACUCCACCAGCAUCAUCGAGAGUGGUUCCAAGCCAAAGACGAGAGGUAGAAAGAGAAAACUUUCCGAGAGAGAAAAUGUCAGCUCCGAAGAGUCAACCGAGUUCAAUGGGUUCGACGUUCAAGGUGUCGGGAACGAGGAACCUGGCAGUCAUGUGCUUAAGAAGCUGAUCGCCGAAGCUGAAUCAGCAGAUGUGCCAAGAAGUAAACGUCCGAAACGUUCCAUAUCAAAAAAUUCCUCCAAGUUAUCGGAAAAAAGUAAUGAAAAAAAAAAUUUAACAGAAAAGGAUAACGAUACUGAUUCGGAGGAUAACAAUAUGCUAAUUGACGAUGGCACUGAACAAAGUGACGAACAAAGAAUUAAAAAAGAAGUAGAGGAAAAGUCAGAAACUGAUUCAAUUGGUGGUCCACACAGUUUAGAAUCUGAAAACGAACCACAAAAAACAGAGGAGUCGUCGGCAAAGUCUGCAAACUCUUCUACAAACAGCAGUCCGUCUGCAAUAUCGCAAAAGUCAAAAGCCAGUAGAGUAUCUCGCGGCGCAAGUCCAGGUAGUGCGAUCAAACAAAAGAUUUCAGUCGACCUAUCAAAUCCAGCUUACAAGGAACCUUUCAAAUAUGGGUGGAAACGGGAACUCGUGUUCAGAGCGGGAACGGAAAAUAAUUUGAAAAGGAUGGCAGACGUUUACUAUUAUACACCCAAAGGCAAAAAAGUCAGAAGCUUCAGAGAAGUCGCCGAAUUUCUCAAUACAAAGGAGCUUACUAUUGACAACUUCACAUUCUUCAAAGAACCAAUCGGCCUUGAUGACCCAGAAAAAGAAAUAAUUAGAGAUGCCAAACGAGUUAAAGAUUCUGGUCCAGCGACACCUUCUCCUGCAAGAAAGGGUCCAGGGAAGAAAGCAGCGCCGGCCAAAAAAGUUAUCGAAGAGACUCCACCAAAAGCAGUUGGCAAAUCUCCAAAAGUAGCAGCAAGUUCACUUAAAGUUAAAUUGCCAACAAAGAAGGCAACCCAAAAAGCUGAAGUAAAACCUCCGGUUGAAGAAAGUGAAAUGCUUCCACCACAGUGGAGUUCUCCACCUGCGAGGCGAACUCAACCUGCACCUGAGAAGACACCACCAGCAAAGACUAAAAGAGCCUUGAAUCUGCCAGAGACUAGGGAACGAGAGUCACAACUUACGCUGUUUGUAAAAACGGCCAAAGUCCAGGAACCCUGCAGUAUACGCUGUUCUUCGAGUAUGGGGCUAAUUCCCAGUCUUCAGUGUCGCGUUUGCCUCUGUCUUUAUCAUCCCGAAUGUGUGGAUGGAGCUGAAUUUACUGGCAGCAACGAAUAUGUGUGCAAGAAUUGCCAGCAGGAAAACGAAGAUUCAUAUCAGCAGCAACGUCAGCAAAUAAGUCAACCGUUAACUCCACCACCAUUGAUACCAAUAAGUAUGCUAGGAGCCCAAAAUGCUAAGUCGAAACAUCCAUUGAACUCAACACCUCCAAAAUUGCAAAGAAUACCAAAAUCUGAAAAUCCAGAUUCGCAAAUCAGAAAUGCUUCGAAAAGUUCGAGAUCUAUACUGAAUAAAAAGUCACCUGUCGUUGAAAAGAAUGAAGGUAGCUGGUUCACACACUCAAGGAAUGAACUUUUACACAGUUGCGAUGGUAUGUUACCAAAACCGGCCCAAAAUAUUGCAUUAAUGGCUGGUAAAAAGUACAUUGUUGUGCCCAAAAAUAACUCUAUGGCUGUGCAGCCUGCCGUUACAGCUAAACAAGACAAGAUUGGUGACAAGCCACCCAUACUUAAAGAGAGUUUGCCCACCGAAGUUUCUAACUCAACAGAGAACUCGUUUUCCUGUUCAACUCUUAACAAAGGUUUGACAACAAAACUUACGAAAACCGAACAAGACAAAUCUAAUUUCGACAUAGGAUACUUUGCACGAAAUGUAUCGGACGUAACGAACUCAGCCUACAGUGAAUCUUAUACCGAAAUCGACUUGGUAAACAGAGACGAUAGUCGAUCACAGUCAAAGAAUAUUAACGAUAAGGUGUCAAACGAUGUUUCGAAAAAUUCAACUCUAAGAACUGAUUCGAUAGAAUUGAACCCAUCAAACCUAAUGUGUACACAUAGAGAAACGACAAUGGUCGUCGAUGUAGAAAAUCACAAAACUUCAAAAAUUACACUUGUAACCCAAACAUCUAAAUCAGAUAAUUCUGAAUACUUGGAAUUUGGGGAAAAAGAUUUGAAAACUUCACAGAAUCACGUUAAUUCAAAAGGGCCGGAGUUCUCGAGGACACAUAACAAAAAAAGGCAGCUGCAGGUCGAAAGUGAACAAAGGCAGCAUUUCAUGGUAUCUGUUUGCGCUGGUUAUCAUGCCUUGUCUCGGGUGUUCCAAUAUCUUAAAGUACAGGAGCUUCUCAGGGCAGCUCGGGUGUGUAAGAUGUGGCGAGAUCUAGCUGCACAUCCUGCAUUAUGGAAAACAGUUCGUAUGAAAAACAGUCAGGUGACGGAUUGGGACGGACUAGCAGAAUCGUUGAAGAGACAUGGAACUCAACAUUUGGAUCUGAGAAAAAUGCUGGUGGCAGGAGAGUCUGACGAUAUUUGGAGGAAAUUUGUAAACGUCAUUCCACGUGUCACAAGCCUAGUUAGGCUCGAGUUAUGCCGGUGUCCAGUAUCCGUUGUUGAAGAUGUAAUCAAGAGCUGUCCGCAACUUGAAGUACUAAGUGCUAUGACGAUAAAAUGUGACUCUCUUAAUUUGGGGUCCGUUGGAAACCUGAAACAUUGCCUAGAGCUCAAGCUGAAAGCGAUAAGUGGAAUGUCCUUGAGCGGAGAUCUUACACCACUCAAAGAACUGACGCAACUGACGCAUCUGAGCUUGACGUCUGUCAAAGAACUUGGCAAAAAGAAAAUUGAUGUUAUAGAGUCACUGACGAAUCUGGAGACAUUGGAGCUUGGCGAAUGCUCAGAUUUCCCAGACAAGUUUGGUACAGUAGUUCUUCAAAAGCUAAAGAAAUUGGAGCGUCUCAGAUUAGAAAAAGGACAAGGUUCCUGCUGUACUUUUGAUAUUCUUGAGGGUGUCUCAAAGCUUGAAAUUCUUAAUCAACUGGAAUUGGUUAAUUUCGAUGUGAAAAAUGGAUUCGACAAGUAUUUAGCCAAUUGUAAAAACAUCAAAAGAUUACUGAUUAUACCAACGUAUAUUUCCCAAUCUGCAACAUCAAACAAUAUGGUCCUUGGAGGAGUUACUGAGCUCUCAAAUAAUUUGACACAUUUUGUGUGGGGAGUGACACUUGAGCUAUUGAGAGUGACCGAACUUUUCGUUGAUCAAUGUAAUCAGAUGAGUAAACAAGUUACAGGAGAUUCCAUACCUGUUUUGAAGCCUGUUCCAUGUUUAAAACUAAUUGAAGAUAUCGAAGAGGAAAAUAGUGAGGCACCAAAAGGUGACGAUAAACAGCAACCAAAUUUAACGAAUCCGCAGGUGGAUAUCUUGCCUCUUCCACAAUUACAAAAGUUGCUUCUGACUGCGUUACCAAAAACACGUGUCAAGAUUUUGAAGAUUCCUUUCCACGCGACUUGGCGGCAAAGCAUUUCAGACUCUACUACCCAGUAAAUAAGAGAAUUACGAAGAAGAUGCAGAUAGAAUUUACAA